AUGCACUCUCAGUCAUACCAAUCUGGUCAAUAUCCCAAGCGAUCCCUGUCCCAAACUUCUACCACCACCACAUCCUCGCGUGAUAGUCAACAUUCCAACGAGAAGAAACACUCCAGCACAUCCUCCAAUCCAAUCACCAGGCGAUUCCGAUCAGCCUCGAAACCAUUGCACCCGAUCGCAAUUCCUCAGAGUCAUUCACGACCUAAAUCCGUCAGCAUGUCUCAGCCUCGCGACAUCCCCCGCAGUGCUCCUCACAACACCUACUUUGAUCAAGACCAUGGCUCUACAAGCCCUGUUCAGAUGUCGCCUGACGAAUCGUCCCCUCGUUCGCCUAAGGGAGACUUUGACCCAAAGCGUGCCCCCACCCCGACUCGCAAGAAUAGCGGCGACCACAAGCGAUACAGUGGAACUAUCAACCACUAUGGGCGGCACUCGAAUGAUUGGCUGUUCGGUGGUUUCAGUGUUCGUGAGACCGUCCGUGAUAGCUUCGACAAGCUUCGCAACAAGGAGAGUUGA